ACAUCGUGAUUAGAAAAAGCAAAAAAAAAAAAACAUGUGCAUGAUUUGAUUUGACCAUCUAGCUUUGAAGCGAGGGAGAGAAGGAGGACGAAGAAGAGAAGAAAAGUGUCGCCCUUUUUUUUCUCGUAGCGCUAUUGAAUGAGUUUCCGAUCCACGAUCUCGUCGGUGAGCUCAGAAUCUCAACAAGGAAUCCGAAUCUGAUUCUCAUCAUGUCGUUCUCCUUCUUCAAGCCAUCAAGGCCCAAGACGCCUCAAGAGGUUGUUAAGGCGAUCAGAGACAGCCUCUUGGCUCUCGACACCAAAACCGUCGUCGAAGUUAAAGCCCUCGAGAAGGCUUUGGAAGAAGUUGAGAAGAAUUUUUCAUCUCUGAGGGGAAUGCUGUCUGGAGAUGGUGAGGCAGAACCAAAUGCUGAUCAAGCUGUACAGUUAGCAUUAGAGUUUUGCAAAGAAGAUGUUAUCUCUCUUGUUAUUCAUAAGCUACACAUUUUGGGAUGGGAAACAAGAAAAGAUUUGCUGCAUUGCUCGUCUAUCUUGUUGAAGCAAAAAGUUGGGGAGGCUUAUUGCUGUGUGCAGUACUUUGAAGAACAUUUUGAGUUGCUUGACUGUUUGGUUGUAUGCUAUGAUAACAAGGAGAUAGCUCUGCAUUGUGGAAGUAUGCUUAGGGAAUGCAUUAAAUUCCCAAGUCUUGCUAAGUAUAUUCUAGAGUCUGCUUGCUUUGAGUUAUUCUUCAAAUUUGUGGAAUUGCCGAACUUUGAUGUUGCUUCUGAUGCAUUUUCAACAUUCAAGGAUCUUCUCACAAAGCAUGACACUGUCGUCUCUGAGUUUCUCACCUCUCACUACCCUGAGUUCUUUGAUAUAUACGAAAGGCUUUUGACAUCAUCAAACUAUGUGACGAGAAGGCAAUCGUUGAAGCUUCUCUCGGAUUUCUUAUUGGAGCCUCCAAACUCCCACAUAAUGAAGAAAUUCAUCUUAGAAGUUCGUUAUAUGAAAGUGAUUAUGACACUUUUGAAGGACUCAAGCAAGAAUAUUCAAAUCUCAGCCUUUCAUAUAUUCAAGAUCUUUGUUGCGAAUCCUAAUAAGCCACAAGAAGUGAAGAUCAUUUUGGCAAGAAACCACGAGAAGUUACUUGAACUUCUUCGCAACUUGUCCCCUGGUAAAGGUUCUGAAGAUGAUCAAUUCGAGGAGGAAAAGGAGCUGAUCAUCGAGGAGAUCCAGAAAAUGUCUCGCCUGAAAAACCUUGAACUGUGAACAUACUUUUCCUCCGUUCCAUGCGGUGAUUCCUGAGUCCUGUAAAAGAGCUUUCUGGUGAUCUCUGUCUCAGAAGUUUCAUAACUGUAUGAAACUGCUUGUUUUCCUAAUACAUGUAGUAGAAAUGUAACUUUUGAUUCUCUGUGACAGUUCGCUGAGUUGCUCUGAUCCCUAAACUUGUCUCUUAUUAAAAAACCAUAACACCUUGUUACCUUUUAAUAAUUUCAUAUGAAUAUUGUGCUUUUGUAUGUAAUC